AUGAAAAAUAAGAUUUCAAAUUUUUUAUCAGAAUUUCCAGAUUCAGUAAUUGGAAAACAAAAAAAUAAAAAAAAGAGAGAAGAAAUUAGUUCACAUCCAAAUGAAGGAUUACCAGACUCUGUAGUCCGAAAACAAAAUAACAAAAAGAAGAGAAAAAAAAUUAGUUCUGAUCCAAAUGAAGAUAAUUUAUUAUUAAAAAGACAAAAGUGUUUAGCCAAACCGAAUAUUAUUACAACUAUUUCGCAAGUUCCUGCAAUAGAUGACAAAAUUAUAAAGAAAAAGGAAAACAAAAUACAAGCAGCACCUACUUCUACUUAUUCAGGCUGUAUUGAAGACAUAGCUGUUCAGGAUUCAAAAGAUCAACCCUCUAAUACUGCUGGUACUGUCGUCUCUAAAAUUGAAAAGUUUGUUGUAGUACCGUCUUCAUUGCCCAGUUAUCUUACACUAUUUUCAUCGUUAAAGUCCAACUUUAAUUCACCAUUACCACAACUCAUAAAGCAGAGAUCAACUUCAACACCAAUUGCUGGUUCAGGAUGGCAAAAAUUGAAUUUUGAUAUAGAUCCUCUUACGCCAGUGAAAGAAUUUAUUCCAUCAUCACUACCUAAACAAACCAACAUAGAAUUUGAGGUGAUCUCUGAAGAACUGCCAUCACAGCCCAUCACAUCUGUCAACAAAAAAAAAGGCAAAUUAAUGUUGACGUCUGAUAAAUUAAAAUUGGGCAUUUUAGACAAAAUACCAAAAUUUUGCCCAUUUUGUGAUUAUGUUUGUGAAAGAUUGCUUUAUCUUCAUAUUCAAACAAAACACGAAGAAAAACUGAAAUUGCCAAUCUCUACCUCUGUUGUCGGAAUAAACAAAAUACUAACUAACUUUUCAAAAAACAAAAAGGUAUUGAUGCCUCUUCAACAUAUAAUUGAUUUAAUGGGAGACUAUUGGCUUAACCCAGAAAUAAGAAGGAUUGGAUACAUCUUGUGCAAUCUUGGCCAGGUAACAACAUAUGGUGGGUCAUGGGAGCUAAAUAAUGUCCCUGAAGUCUCCAAUCCAUUUGAGCAGUACAUCGUAACAUCUAAACUAUAA